AUGUCUGGUUCGGAGUACCCGCAACUGAAUUUCGGAACUGGGGCGAAAUGGAUAAAAAAUCUGACAAGGGAUAGGCUGAACAACUUCAGUGGAGGGCAUUUCUCUGAUGUGAACUUAUCCUCUGUCCUGUUCACUCAUCGUUUGGACGCACCUGAAUACGUCAAAUUACAAGUAUGGAGUGCCCCUGGUCUCACGAAGCCCUUCUUUGAAGAGGCAACAAAGCAAAAAUUCAAGCCAGCCAAGAAAGGGGACUCGUUUGGACCAUCUUUAUCAGUAAACAUUCCCGCAGACUGGCAACAAUAUGAGCGCGUACAAUUUGAGUUUGAUCCUGGCUGUGAGGCGAUGAUCUAUUCUACCGAGGGUGUUCCAUUGCAAGGUAUUACCGGUGGCUAUGGGGGAGAUAGAAGAGUCGAAUAUAUCAUUCCCCUCGACGCCCGGCAGCAAGGGCAUCAUGAAUUUAUUAUUGAGUCCAGUUGCAAUGGCAUGUUUGGUGUACCAUGGAAUGGUGACACUAUCGCACCUCCCGAUAUGAACAGAUAUUUCCAACUGGCAUCCGCCGAUCUAGUCGUCCCUAAUCAGGAGGCCUGGCGCUUGCUCUGGGAUUUUACAACCUUGCGGGAAAUAAUCGAUACAUUGCCGGGGAACUCCCCAUUGCAGAACAAGGCUCUCGUUACUGCUAAUGAAAUCAUGAAUAUUUUCCGCAGAGGUAAUUCCACUGAUAUUGCAAAUGCACGCAAGCUCGCAGAGAAUGUUUUUGGUGAAGGAUGGGAGGCUAAAGGUGCUGAGAUUUAUGCCGAAGGUCCAGAAAGGGCACAAAUUGUGUCAAUUUCCUACUGUCAUAUUGAUACAGCAUGGUUGUGGCCGUAUUCAGUUACCCAGCAGAAGACCGCUAGAUCGUGGUCGACUCAAAUAGAUCUCAUGGAGCGAUAUCCCGAACACAGAUUUGCAUGCAGUCAAGCGCAACAAUUCAAGUGGCUUGAGCAGCAAUAUCCUCCUCUCUUCGAGCGUGUACGUGAAAAAGUUAAGUCUGGUCAGUUCCAUCUCAUUGGAGGGGCCUGGGUCGAAAACGAUGGAAACAUGCCGUCGGGCGAGGCCCUAGUGCGACAGUUUUUGUAUGGGCAGAAGUAUUUCGAAUCAAGGUUUGGAAAGCGCUGCGAGACAGCGUGGCUACCGGACUCUUUUGGUCUCACCGCCGCAUACCCCCAGCUCAUCCGGGAUGCUGGGAUGAAGUACUUCUUCACUCAAAAGUUAUCAUGGAACAACAUAGCUAAUCUCGGCGCCGAGCUCAGAAACGUGUUCCCUCACUCCACGUUUAAUUGGGUUGGUAUCGAUGGAUCGCAAGUGCUCUGUCACAUGACACCAGUUGAUACAUACACUGCGCAAGCAAGUGUAGGUGAUGUUAACAAGGGCGUUACAAAUCACAAGAACCUGGAGUCAAACGAUACUGCUCUCCUGGUAUUCGGGAAUGGUGAUGGAGGAGGAGGAGCACUACCGAAGAUGCUGGAGAAUCUCCGUCGCAUUCGUGCUGCUACCAACGGCCACAGAGAUCUCCCUUCAGUAAACAUGGGGCAUUCUGUAGAAGAAUUUUUUGAGAACAUAGACAAAGAUUCACAGCAAGGAAAGAGGUUACCAAAUUGGCGUGGAGAGCUAUAUCUUGAAUUCCACAGAGGCACAUAUACCUCUCAUGGUUCGAUAAAGAAAGGCAAUCGUAAAUCGGAGAUCCUGCUCCGUGACCUUGAGCGCGUUGCCACCUUCGCUACUUUGUUUAAAGCGAAAGAUUCUACCUACGUUUAUCCCAAGAAAACCAUUGAUGACAGCUGGGAGAAGGUUUUAUUGAAUCAAUUCCACGAUGUCCUUCCUGGAUCUGCUAUUGGGAUGGUUUAUGAUGAUGCCGAGAAGCUUUAUGGUGAAGUGCGCAAGGCAUGCGAUUCAGCCCUCGAAGAAGCAUUCCAAGCACUCUUUGCAAAGUCUAUUCCUGUCUUAGGUGACAGGUCUAUCAAAGCCCUCUCGCAGCCCAGUGACCUCAUCGCGAUCAAUACAACCUCUUUCUCUCGACGUGAUGUCGUCAAAAUCCCUCUCCAAGGUUCUGGAUCCGCUUUGAAAUCGUUGAAGUCGAAGAUUGUGCAGGUCUCCACGGAUGGUGCGUUUGGAUAUGCGUUGAUGAAUUGCUCAGAAGGAGACAAUGUUGCCACUGCCACCGGAUUAUUCGCGGAUUCCUUGCCUGUAUCCGGGGGGUUGGUAGUGUUCACCAAUGGAUCGGACCACUUCGUCUUGAGGAAUGCCAGCGUGCAACUAACGAUCUCAGACGGAAGAAUUACCAGCCUCGUCGACGUCAAGCUGGGGCGCGAACUUAUUCCCAAGGGCUCUACAGGUGGUCUAGUCAUCUUCGAGGAUCGCCCGAACUACUGGGACGCGUGGGAUGUUGAAAUCCAUCACCUUGAGACCCCUAAUCUUUUGAAAUUUUCCAAGGUUGAAGUUGUCGCUGAAGGUCCUCUUCGUGCGGCUGUCAAGACUCAAGUCAAAUAUGGCCAGAGCACCAUUGAUGUGACUAUAUCCUUGGAUGCCAUCACUGCUUCGCAUCACGAGCACUCUCGAUCAUUCUUUACCUUCGAUGCAGUCGUGGAUUGGCACGAAAGGCAUGAGUUCUUGAAGUUCGAACUCCCGUUGAACAUCAACAGCGCAGACGCGACUUACGAGACGCAGUUCGGACAUCUUCAGCGCCCUACCCACAAGAAUACGACCCUAGAUGCUGCAAAAUUCGAAGUUUGUGGGCACAAAUACGCUGAUUUGAGCGAAUAUGGAUAUGGCGUCGCCUUCUUGUCCGAGUCUAAAUAUGGGUUCGCCUGUCAUGGGAAUGUGCUUCGUAUCUCCCUUCUCAGAGGUGCUACAGCCCCCGAUGCAGAACAAGAUCAGGGGAAGCAUGAAUUCUCGUGGGCGGUGAUGCCCCACAAAGGUCACUUCUUGGAGUCGGAUGUUCCCAUGGCCGCGUUCUUGUUCAAUUCACCCCUACAUGUGAGGCUUGUUCCUUCAGUGCAGCAGGCAGAUAAGGUGUCUGUUGUGAAGCAACCUUUCCAUUUGGAUGGUGGAUCAAACAUUUUCCUCGAGACCAUUAAGCGCGGUGAAGAUGAUUUUGCACCGAACGGAUCCAACACUACUAUCAUCUUGCGACUGUAUGAAGCAUUUGGUGGUCACGGCCAAGUUAAACUGAAGAUAGCAAGCCAUGUUCCCAUUUUGAAGGCUUAUGUGACAAACCUGCUGGAGGAUGACAAAGCUGAAUUACGCCUCUUCGAGACUGCGGAUCGCGACCGACCGCGACAGCUCAAGCUCGACUUCCGGGGCUUUGAAGUCAAGACCGUGAAGUUAGUGCUGGGAUCUAAUAGAAUUGCUGAGGCUACGAAAUCGAGAUCUUCGCAGAGAGACAGUUGGGUGACUGUUGAUGACGAUCUUUAG